UUCAGGUCUGGCAUGGGCAGCGCAUGAGUCAGUUGUCUGCGAAAUUGCAUGUGCACUUGACCGCGCAAAAGUUUGUUUAAAUGUAGUGUUUCGUGUCUUAUGUACGACACAGGACUGUUGUGUAUUGUGUAAUUUUGUGGGUUGCUUCAAUUGUGUGUCGAGAAGAUUUGUUGCCCCUGCAGAUUUGAAAAGACAUGUCUGAGCCAACGGGACGAGCUAGAGGUCGGUCGCGAGGCAAGUCCCGCGGCACUACGGCCCCGCCGCAACAGGAGUCUGCAAUGCGAAGGCCUGGCUUUGAAGGCGCUGGGCCAUCUCAGCAGCCACAAGCACACCAGCAGCCACAGCAGCAGCCAAGCUACCAGCAACAGCCUGGGUAUCAGCAGCGGCCUGGUUACCAGCAGCAGCAGCAGCAACCUGGAUAUCAGCAGCCACCUGCCUACCAGCAACAGCCUCCCGCAUACCAGCAGCAGCCUCCCGCAUACCAGCAGCAGCCGCCCGCAUACCAGCAGCAGCCGCCUGGUGGCAUGGCUGGCCGUCCUCCGCAGCAGCAGCAGGCCCCGCCACAAAUGCCUCCGACUGGACGAGCUGGCCAUCGUCCUGGAAUGAUGGCAAGGCCUGGGGAUGUGGUUCCACCGCAGCCACCAACGCAACAGAUGGGGGCCAUGAGCUUGGCUGGUGGUGACACUGCUGGCCGAGGUGCUCGACGCGGUCGUCGUGAUGAAAUUGCCAUCCUUGCCACUCGUCCCCAGCGUAUCACUGACAAGAAAGGUAUGACUGGAAACCCCGUGAAGCUCAUGUCCAACUACUUCCGCCUGCUCACAAUGCCCAACUGGGCCAUUCAGCAGUACCAUGUGGAAUUUGCACCAGACAUUGAGUCGUCUCGUCUUCGUAGCGCUCUCCUGCGAGACCAUCGAGAUCGGUUUGGCGGGAGCUAUAUAUUUGAUGGAAUGUCAGAUUUGAAGAGUGCAACUCGACUGGAGCAUAAGGUUACAGAGCUGUACUCUCAGCGUCGCACCGAUGGUGCCCAAAUUCGCAUCACAGUGAAGCAUGUCCAGGAGCUUGCGCCCAACAAUCCAGAGCUGCUGAGAAUCUUCAAUACCCAGAUGCGCAGGAACCUGGAAAGCAUGCAGUUUGUUCAGAUCCGACGCCAGUUCUUUAACGCUACUGGUCCAAAGCCAAUCAGUCGUCACGGGCUAGAGAUCUGGGAAGGCCUGACAACUGCUGUCGGUCAGCAUGACGGUGGUGUCCUGAUGGUGGUGGACACGGUGCACAAGGUGCUUCGUACAGAGAACGUUCUCCACCUUCUGGGCUCCCUGCAACAGACAGCUCGUGGCAACUACAAGGACGAAGCCGUAAAGGCUGUGGUUGGCUGCAUUGUGAUGACCAGGUACAACAACAAGACCUACCGUGUGGAUGACAUUGACUGGACUAAGAACCCACAGCAGACAUUCGAAACAAAAGAGGGGCCCAUCACGUACCUGAAGUACUACAAGGACCACUACCAGAAGGACAUCAGGGAUCUCAACCAGCCUCUGCUUGUCUGCCGCCCUAGAGAGCGAGACAUCAGGGUUGGCCGCACCGACAACCUUUACCUCAUUCCAGAGCUGUGCUUCCUCACCGGACUUACGGAUGACAUUCGCUCAAACUUUAGCAUAAUGAAGGACCUGGCUAGCGAGAUGAAACUUGACCCUGCAAAGCGUGUGGCCAACCUCCAGGAAUUCAUGCGCAACAUGAACAGGAAUCCGCAGGUCAUAAAGGAAAUGGGCCAGUGGGGUCUGAAGUUCUCCGAGAGCCUUGUUGAAAUUGAUGCUCGUCAGGUUCAGCCGGAAAGAGUGAUUCACGGAAACAACAUAAGGUCCAACGUAAACCCCAUGACUGCCGACUUCUCAAGGGAGAUGCGUGACAAGACUAUGUUCAAAGCAAUACAGAUUCGGUCGUGGGUGGUUGUGUGCACACGUCGCGACAUGCAGAAUGCUCAGGACUUUGUGCGCGAGCUGAUGUGCGUUGGGCCGCCGAUGGGAGUGACCAUGCAGCAGCCACAGUUAGUUGCUCUGGAUGAUGACCGUGUAGGCAGCUACAUAAACGGCCUCAAGAAUGUUUCUAGAGACACUGAGCUGCUGAUGGCGGUGUUUCCCAACAAUCGCAAAGACCGUUACGACAGUCUCAAGAAGGUGGCUUGUGUCGACAUGGGACUGCACACGCAGGUGAUGCUUGGCAGGACAAUCAGCAAUAAGAAAAAUCUGAAGUCUGUGGCAACUAAGGUGGCCAUUCAGAUGAACUGCAAGCUUGGCGGAGAAGCUUGGGCUGUGGAGAUCCCGCUCCAAGGUGUGAUGUGCAUCGGGUACGACACAUACCACGAUUGCCGUCAGAAGGGCCUCUCGGCUGGUGGCUUCGUUGCCAGCCUGAACAAGACCCUGACACGCUGGUAUUCCCGUGUCAGCUUCCACCAGACGCACCAAGAGCUGGGGAGUGCCCUCAAGACUCACCUGGCAUUGUCAUUGAAGCAGUACCAGGAGGAGAACAAAACAGCCCCCGAGCGCAUCCUGUUCUUCCGUGAUGGUGUGUCGGACGGGCAGCUGCUGCAGGUUCAGGAGUGGGAAGUGGGCCAGAUUCAGAGCCUGCUGACCGAAAUGUUCCCAGGGCGAGAGCCUCAGCUUGCCUUUGUUGUCGUCACCAAGAGGAUUGCCGCCCGUUUCUUCAGCAUUGACAACAGGGGUGGUGGAUACCAGAAUCCCCCCCCGGGAACAGUCAUUGACAACAACGUCACCAGGCCUGAACGGUAUGACUUCUAUCUAGUCUCCCAGAGUGUACGUCAGGGAACCGUGGCACCCACACACUUCAAUGUCAUCCACGACACGACUACACUGAAGCCUGAGCACAUGCAGCGCCUGUCCUACAAGCUCACCCACUUGUACUUCAACUGGCCGGGCACAAUCCGCGUACCUGCUCCAUGCCAGUACGCCCACAAACUGGCUUUCCUGGCUGGCCAGAGUCUUCAUGCCGAGCCGCACAAGAAUCUUGCGACCACACUUUUCUACCUGUGAAUUCCAUGCGCAUCCCCAGGAGGGUCUCGACCACUGCCAAGUCACGACAGCGUUUUUUUUUUUUUUUUCUUUUUAGUUCCCCCUCUUGCAUUUGUUCUGUCAUGCCAACCUGUGGUGCAGCUGAUAACCACAGGUUGGGAUAGUAUUGUUUGAUGAAAACUUGCAAUAUUUCUUUAUUUGAAUGGGCAUUUGGAUACCAAUCAGUUUGAUAUGUUUUCACUUGUUGUUCUAUGGCAGAACACACAAACACACUACCUCCCGUUUUGUCGUUGGGGACAAUACUCCUGCCACUUACUGUUCUUUAGUAGUUCAGUGCCAGUCACCUUUAUUUUUGUGCAUUGCUGAUAUAGUUCAUCUUGUAGCUCUUUUUGCCGAAGGGAGGCAUGAUUUUGGCAGAAGUGAAGUGCCUUGCAUGUUAUCAUUUCACUGUUAAAAGUCCAUAACAUUUAAUAAAUAGAUCUUUUUGC